UCUCCACAAAUUUAUCAAUCUCACACAUAAUCUUAAUUUUGAGUUUCUCCUUCGACACCCAUUUCUCGAUUACUGCAUUUGGUUUGGAACAUUGACUCUAAGAUCGAAACAAUUCUCAAUCAUAUACUUCCUAGCUGGGAAUAACAGACCCAUGUCACAUAACAUCAUCAUAUAGCAGCCGAUCUAAGAUCAUCAUCUUCCUAGUAAUUGUGAAAAACAUAGACAUGAAAAGGGCUUGGAGGGUUCUAACACCCAUGUUUAUCUUGUUUGCUUUUGAAUUCUCUAAUUUCACCAUAGCUCAAGAUUAUGGUGAUGAUGAUCAACAACCAGCUGCACCACCCCCGGCACAAGACAAUUGCAAUGGGAUCUUUCUAGCCUACUACUUCAUUUCGCGCCACAAAAUAUACCCUCUCCUAAAGAAUGCAGACAAGCAAGCAUGGGCCUUCAAUUCCACGGCGACCAUAAUCAACACCGGCUCUUACGAACUCAAAGCAUGGAAGAUUUAUAUAGGUUUUCAACACAAAGAGAUCCUAGUUGCUGCAAAUGGAGCGGUUCUAGUGAAUGGUGAGGAUUUCCCGGCUGAGGUUGGAACUAAUGGGACUUAUUUUUCUGGUGCCCAACAGACAGAUUUGAAAACCUCAAUUAGCACAGGCGGAGAUUAUACCCAAAUUCAAGCCCAGAUACAAAUAAGUGGCACUCAAUUCGGGCUCAAGUCAUCUGUGACCCCAAUGCCGAAAACAAUACGCCUCGUUAACGAUGGAUUCAAGUGCCCCUCACCAACCAAAAAAAAGACAGCACUUACUGUUUGUUGCGUUAGGAAUCCGAAAAGCAAGGUCACUACCAACACGGUCAAGUUCUUACCUCGCCAAAAGGGUGAUCUAUCAAUCUCUUAUGAUGUAAUUCAAGCAUAUGGGAACAAUUAUCAAGCUCAGGUGACAAUGGAGAGCACUAGCCCUUUGGGACGUUUGGACCAUUGGAACAUAAGCUGGGAAUGGAUGAGAGGGGAAUUCAUAUACAAUAUGAAAGGAGCUUAUACACAUAAAAUGGACUAUCUGCCUUGCAUUUAUGGUGCUCCUGGACAACAAUACCAACAGAUGGACUUUUCGAAGGUUAUGAACUGCGAAAAGAAUCCCACCAUCGCUGACCUUCCCAGGGAGAGAUCAAACGACUCUGAAGUCGGAAGGAUACCUUACUGUUGUAGAAAUGGUAGUCUCUUAUCUCCCAUAAUGAACGUAACCCAAUCCAAGUCUGUUUUCCAAUUGCAAGUGUUCAAGCUAGCUCCUGACUUGGAACGAACAACAUUGUACCCUCCGGAAAAAUGGAAAGUUUCAGGGGUAAUUAGUGCUGAUUACAAAUGCGGGCAACCUAUUAGGGUCGAUCCUACUGAAUUUCCAGACCCAAGUGGUCUUCAAGCUUCAACAUUAGCAAUUGCAAGCUGGCAAGUAAUUUGCAACAUCACAAGGCCUCAAAAUAAGAAAAAUAAGUGUUGUGUUUCAUUCUCUUCUUACUACAAUGAAUCUGUCAUACCAUGCAACACGUGUGCCUGUGGCUGUACUAACACUAAAAAUUGCAACCCUUCUGCCCGAGCCAUGUUUCUACCUCCUGAAGCUCUUCUUGUACCGUUUGAAAAUAGGUCAGCCAUGGCGGAAGCUUGGGCGAAAAUCAAGCAUUUUCAUAAGCCCAAGCCACUACCUUGUGGUGACAAUUGUGGAGUUAGCAUCAAUUGGCAUGUGCUAUCAGAUUACAAUGAUGGAUGGACAGCCAGAAUCACAUUGUUCAAUUGGAUGCCAAUGAAUUUUGAAGAUUGGUUUACCGCAGUCGAAAUGAAGAAGGGUGGUGGACGUGGCUUUGAAAAUGCUUACUCUAUGAAUGGGACCAAAAUUUCUAAUAUGAAUAACAUCAUCUUCCUCCAAGGUUUAAAGGGCAUGAAUUUUUUGGUGAUGCAGACAAAUGGAACAAAGCCUAAUAGUCCCAAGGUUCCUGGAAAGCAGCAAUCUGUGAUUUCUUUUAAAAAGUCUCGUACACCGGGCAUAGAAGUAGCCAAAGGGGAUGGCUUUCCUGCAAAAGUGUUUUUCAAUGGAGAAGAAUGUUCGCUUCCUACUUCAAUUCCAUCAUAUGGAAACCAGAAUCAUGUAAAUUUGGUAGUUGUAUUUUUCCUUUCAAUUUUGAGUACUUUUGCUAUGUCAAUCAUAACCUUAAGAUAGAUGCACAAAAUGAAGUUAGGCUACAUCCUUGUACAAAACAAAUUUCUAUUCAGGUUACAUAGUUGCAGUAAACUAUCACCUAGAGCCAGUUCUUUGCUCAAUACCAUUAGCAUUUAUUCUUAUAGGACCAUCUUACUAUAGGUCAAUUUAUUUAGCCCACAUUCUUCUAAUU